CAAGAGGGACAGAUCAGCUGCUGGUGAGAGCUUCAUUUGUCUGCUCAAAGCUUUGCAACAGCUAUCAUGCAACUGAGACGACUGGAAGCUGCAGUGAUAUUUGUGAUUAUUGCUCCUCAGAUUUCAUCGCUGGCUUCUGACUGUUUGGCUGCUGUGAAAAUCUGCAUGUCAGAUUUAUGCAAGCGUGAACAGGCAUUUUAUGACGGCAUCUGUGAAGAUGGAGGAUGCCAAAUAAAAGGCUCAGAGGUCUGUAACAUGACCAUCCAGACAAUACUGCACCAAUUUCCUUCUCUGCGAGGGUGCGUGUGUGCCUGGGAGGAGGAGCUUUGUGAUUCUAUACAAGUGCUGGCCACACAAUGCCACCAAAAGCCAGCAGUUCAGCUCACGAGGAGUGCAGUAAUGGAUUGGCAGUCAAGCACUUUAUUAAACUAUGUAUAUGAUGGUGCCGGAUCAUGUUUGGAUCAAUUUAGGGCUUGUGUCAGCGAUUCAGUUUGCAACAGGUACCUGGCACCUAUGCUCCAAGCCUGUAAGUCAGCCCAGUGCGAAGAUGAAGGCUGUCAGCGGGAAACUCUGCAGUUCUACAGGAACGUACCCCAAAAUGUUGCAGAGAUGCUGGUCAUGUGCGAGUGUGAAGCUUCGGAUCAGAGCUGUCUGAGCAUGAAAACUGAAUUGCACAGUGGCACCUGUGGAGAUGAGAUCCGGGUCUGUCAGCGUGUACUUAACCAGUGCACUGAGGACAGUAACUGCAGGGGCUUAUUAGAAAAUUUUCAAGCCAAUUGUUGGAGUCCUGAAGAAGCCCAGUGCAUUGACAGUGACCUCCCAAGAGAUGAAUGCUUCACCAAGAUGGAUCCAGAGCUCAUCCUUGGUGCAGACUCUGAAUGCAAAAGGGCCUUCGUGGCUACUUUAGGGACAGUGCUUCACCAUCCUUGUACAUGUAAAAGACUCUACAAUGACGAUCUUCUGACAUGCAGCAUGAUUCACGACGUGCUUCACAAUAGAUCACGCUUCAUGGCAUCUUCAGAAACAAUCAUUCGCCCCUCUAAACCUCCUCAGAUCAUUGAAUCAGAUCAUGUUUAUGCUUGGUUACAAGAUUAUCUUCUGUACGUUGUUGCAACCAUCCUGCUUGCUGGUGUCAUAUUAAUGCCUCUGGUUAUUGUCAGUAAAAAAUGGAUCUCAAGAAAGAGAGAUAAAGCAAAAUUUCACCAUCCGCAGAAAAGCAACUGUGUCGUUAUUCUCUGAUGUUUAUUCCUCUUCCCACUGAAUAAAAUAAUCAGCUUUUUUUUUUCUUUUAACUCAAGAUCACAGCUGAAUAGAUCCGUGAGGUUCCUUUGAGUUUGCUGCACAUGCAGUCAUCUCAUAUUUCUUUACUGUAAUAGUUAAUAGAGUUUAUUAAGAAAAUAACUAAACCGAGAAUGCUUUAAAACACUGUCAUCAAUAACCAAAUGAAUAUUGUUGUAAUCAUCCUUUGCAAAGGUCUCCAUAGCACACUUUGUUUUUCAGAGUACUUGGUAGGUGAUUGAUGAGUUUGACACGAGGGCUCUGCGGGAGUCAUACAAUCUGUACAAGGACUGAUUGUUCUUCUUGCUGUAGUUCAGUAGCUCUAGGUCUGGAGUUGCUGUAUGUUUGAAGCACUUGUCACACUGCCCAGUGGUGUUACUUGAUUGAUAAGACUAUAAGAAGCUUUUGCACAAUCUUGUGAAGUAGCAUUGUUUAGUUCUUCUGUAGUGCACCCUUAAUCUUUGUGUUGUUGCAAACAGUGAUCUUGUGCUGCUUUAUUAAAGAACAUAUUGUAUAAUUGUAGAUACAACCUUUAUGUUUAAAGUUACUUGAAAAAAGUCAGGAUGCGUUAUGUGUGACUCACAAAAGCUAGGUUUUUCUCUGCAGCAAGACUCUGUCAUUUUUUUUUCUGUUGUUAAUCUUUCACACUGAGACUUAUUAUAGAAAAAACA